AUGUCCUUUGAUGUGGAUUGGGAUAUAGAGAAAUAUAAAGACGACCACGAAAGCGAAGAGCAAUGGGAACUAAGGAAAGCUUUUAUGGAACGAUGGAAGAAGGAUUAUUCCGAAGAUAGACUGAUUUGUUUGGCUAAGGUAUUUACAAACAUGGAGUUUAUGGGAUGUAGAUACCCUACAAUGCUUAUGCAGGAAGUUGCUAGGCUAUCAAAAGAUGUUGCUUUAGAGUACAGAAAAGCAAAGAAAAGCAAGUUACAAAGAACCUUUGUGUCAGCAUCUACAGCUGCAGAAGACCGUGCUAAGGGUGUUAAAAGGAAAGGUGGAAUGGUAUUUGAGAAUCUACCAAAAAAGUCAACUAAAAUUAAUUUUGUACCACAAGGACUAAUAGAGGCGAAGGAAUCUGACUCAGAUAGUGAAGUUCAAAUAGUUAAAGAGAAUUAUAAAAAUGAGAUCAAAGUAGAAAGUGUAAAGCAAAGCUCCAAACCAAAUAAUGACUGUGAAUAUUUAAAAGAAUUAUCAAUGCUUCAGUGUUUAGAUAUCACUAAAUUUCAUGAAGGCAUGUUUCAGACUACUUUUGGCAAAAUGGUAUUAUUAAUUAGGCCAUGGACAAAUAAAUUCUCUAAUAUACAAGACAGUUGUACUGUGUGCCAUUUAGCGGCCAAAGGAAAAUAUAUAAAUAAUUGCUUUUCAUUUACUUUGAAUGGGAAACUGAUGGCUCAGGCAACAGGAACAACUAAAGCUGAAGCCAAGAGCAUAGUAGAAACAAUGGUUUGGAAUAUGCUACGUGAAAAAUUAGUUACUGUGCUAAUAAAAGAACAAUGGAUAGCUCAAGGGGAGCAUGUUUCACUAAGCGAUGUUUCAGGAAGUAAAACAUCUGAUGCCUCCUUUGGUACGCCACUUGAAAACAGCGUCGCCACUAAAAUGAUGCAGAUGAUGGGUUGGAAGGGUGGUGGACUGGGUGCAGACGCGCAGGGAAUUGCUGAACCAAUUAAGCCCAACCUACAAAUGGUAAAAAGAGCGGGACUGGGUAGCAACACCAAUGACGUGCAUCAGUUUAGGCGGGCGGCACAAGAUCUGAUGCGUCGAUAUAUCGCCUCUGAUACCUUCGACCUGGACCUGGUAUUCAGCAGUGAUUUCAGCAAGGAGGAGCGUGCGGUUCUACACCAGUGUGCCCGGAAAUCGGGUUUGGUGUCAAAAAGUUACGGAGAAAGGGACAAAGAUAGGUUUCUAGUAGUAAAAAAGAAAAUGGACCCAUUUUCUCUGGUACGAGCAGUAGUUCAGAAAGGCGGUAAUACUCAAAAGUAUCAAGUAUUUAUACCUAUAGGUCUUGAUAGGCCAAUAAGAAGA